CUGUAAGCUUGACGCACCGGCCCAGCCCGGCAAUGAAACCCUGCCUUUCUGGGAGAGCAACAAGAUCAACAUGUCUGGCAUCACCUGGGAAAACCUCACGGUGACUGAAUCCCAGUACUUGCAUGGAGAGUUUCAAGGACCUGCCUGUGGAAGCCAUGGCCCCUACGUGCCUAAUGUCUUCUUCUGGUGCUGCAUCCUCUUCUUCUCCACCUUCACGCUCUCAGGCUUCCUGAAGAAGUUUAAGACCAGCCGUUACUUCUCAGCCAGGGUACAGUCCACAGUGAGCAACUUUGCUGUUUUCCUGACCAUCGGCAUCAUUGUGCUCAUUGAAUUCUGGAUGGGAAUCCCGUCACCGAAGCUCCACGUCCCCGAGAAGUUCAAGCCUACCAGAGCCAACCACGGAUGGUUGAUCAACCCCAUCGGACCCAACCCUUGGUGGAUGGUGUUGGCUGCACUCGUCCCAGCUCUGCUCUGCACCAUCUUGAUCUUCAUGGACCAGCAGAUCACCACUGUGAUCGUGAACAGGAGGGAGCACAGGCUGAAGAAGGGCUGUGGGUACCACCUGGACCUUCUCAUGGUGGCCAUGAUUCUGGGGCUGCCUUGGUUUGUGGCUGUGACCAUCCUGUCCAUCACCCCCGUGAACAGCCUCAGAGUGGAGUCUGCCAGCUCAGCUCUGGGAGAACAACCCAAGUUCCUGGGGAUACGAGAGCAAAGAGUCACCGGCUUGAUGAUCUUUGUUCUCAUUGGCUGCUCUAUCUUCCUCACUCCUCUGUUAAAGUUCAUCCCAAUGCCCAUGCUUUACGGCAUCUUUCUCGACAUGGGUGUGUCGUCGCUCGGAGGAAUGCAGUUCUUUGACCACUGGAAGCUGUUUGCGAUGCCGGUGAAACACCAGCCAGACUUCACCUACCUGCGGCACGUGCCCUUAUGAAAGGUGCAUCUCUUCACCACCAUCCAGCUGCCCUGCCUCAUGCUACUCUGGGCCAUCAAGGUGACUCAUGCCGCCAUCAUCUUCCCCAUGCUGAUGAGAGUUUUGGCAAUCGUUUUUGUCCGGAAAGCGAUGGAUUUCUGCUUCUCAAAGCGAGAGCUCAGCUUUCUGGACGACCUUAUGCCAGAAGGCAAGAAGAAGAAAUUGGAAGAUGCCGUAGUUGAAGCCUAAGAGGAAGAGAUAAAUCUUGCUGGGUGCUUGGGGCUGGGCAUCUCCUGCGGGCUGUGA